ACCUCAUACGCGGAAACGCGAACCUUUUACGCCGUCCGGACACUCCGGACGCGCCGGAGAGAACCGGCGGCGGUAUAAAACGAUGCGUUCAUCAGUUGGCGCGAUCAUACGCCGAGCAGUGUGCGGCAAACAGUGGACCGCGGAUUCGUAACGACAGAGAUUAUCAAACCCAAACAGCAAUUAUGACGCCGAUAUCUGGUAUACUGAUACUCGUCAUUUCCAUUAUGGCUACAUCGAGUAUCAGUUCCGUUGUUCCGUCCUAUCAAAAAUGUAAUACUAAUGAGGACUGCAAAUCAAGUUCCUGUUGCUUGCUAGGGCCUUCAAGGUACGCGUUACCGUCUUGCAUGCCGUACCAACAAAAAGGUGAGCAAUGCCGAAUGAACGCUGACACUAUCACGACCAACCUGUCUUAUCCGGACAAUUCGCAAAUAGAAGUUAAAGAUAUUCACUUGAUUUUGUGUCCCUGCGCCGACGGAUUAUCCUGCGAUUUCGGCAUCUGCGAAGAAGAUGCUUAGAAGAAUUAUUUGUCAAUUGAAGCAAUCGGGAAACAUCAGGAUUAUGUGGAACCUAGUCGGAAUAUGUUCACGAAAAAUUAAAGUAUUGUUAAUUAUCAUUAUUCUGUUAUAUUAUUUUAGCGCGUUAUUAUUUUCUUAUUUUUAUUACCAGAAAUGUUAAUUACACGAAGAGAACGAUUGUGCCGAAAUACAGAUGUAAAAUUAUGCUGGACUAUUAAAUAAUUAUAUUGGACAUUUAAAAUGAUUUUUAGUAUGUCAAAAUUUUUUUAGAUCAAUCAUCGUGUUCUCAUACGUAAUUAUAUUUUAAUUAAUAGUUCAACAUCAAAUUAUUUUCAGAUUUGUAUUUAGCUAAACUUUUAGAUAUUGCAAUAAAAUGAUUCUUUUUGUAUAAAUCUAGUAAAUAAUUAAUUGAAAUAAAUUAAGAACAGAUUCAAAAUGCACAAUUAAUAUUUAUUUAUAAAAACUGUUUAAUUGUACGCAAUAUUUUAAAAAAAUAUGUUUAUGGCAAUCAUUUUUAAGAGAAUUACAAUGGUAGAAUAAUUUGAAACAAAACUUAUAUGUUCCUUUCCGUAACUUAUAUGUUUAUUAUAGUACCAAUCAUAUUAUAAUACCAUAUAAUACUUGUAUAUUAUAAUACCAGCAAUCUCGUUUUAGACUUGUUUUUACUGACACAAAGUAGCAUUGUAAAUAAUUCAAAUGGCAUUAACUUUUUGACUGCUCUUGAUAUCAUCUUUUCAAUACUUAAUUUUAUCGUCGUAAUAUUUACUAGUGUUGUGUGACAUUAGCAGAUAUUACAGUAAAUUAUAUAUAAAUUAUAUAUAUUGAAAAAGUAACAAUGUAAUAAUGCCAAAACUUUUGCACUGGUCCAAUAUUUAUAUAUUUUAACUUGAAAAAAAUUUUUAAUGAACUUUGUGCCACUUAUAUUAAAGUUUAGAAUAGUACUGACUUUAAAUCGAUUUGUACUCUUUUAGCUUACUAUAUGUAAACAUUAUUAUAUGUAUUUUAAUCUGGAAAUCACGGUACUGAAUGAAUAAUUAAAAACAAAAUGUUUAAAACAG